CACACAUGCAACAACUAGGCGCAUGCGCAAUGAGGCUAGGGUUUCAUCAAGCGCCUAAGCAUACCUCAAGUCUACGGUACCGAAGCGGCGCAGAAACUGUCAGGCCAUGACUCCGUCACAAGUGCUCGGUGCCUGUCUGCUGAAGCUCUCCCUCAGCCUAUACGCCCAACUACAUUCCGAGCACAACGACGACAAUGUUCUCUUCUCACCGUACAGCCUAGGCAUCGCACUUUCCGUGAUUCGUGACGGCGGCCGCAGAAUAACCGCACGCGAAAUCUCCGACAUCUUCCAGUACUAUCUAGACUUACACGAGCCCUUCAAGAAGUUUCUCAGUGUUGUAGCAAGUUACGCUCCAGACGUCACUUUCGACAUGGCGAGCCGAAUGCUAUGCGACUAUCGGUACAAGGUCCGGGAAGAGUACACGUCGCUUCUGGAGGAAUACUACAACACCUCCGUGCGGUUGGUGGACUUCAAGGAGAGAGCCGAAGGCGUUCGCGACGAAGCCAACGCCUGGGUCUCGAAGCACACCGCACACAAUAUCAAGGAUUUGCUGCCUCCCGGAAGCGUCAACGCCACGACCGUUCUGGUCCUGAUGAACGCCAUUCACUUUGAGGGUUUUUGGGAAUUCCCCUUCGAGAAGACGCUUGCGAAGCCACAGACGUUCCAUCUGGACUCCAACAAGAGCGUUACAAUGAAAAUGAUGAGCCAGGUGGGAAGGUUCAAGGUCGGCCGUUCUGAGGAAUUGAAGUCCAGAGCUGUGGAAAUGCUAUACAAAGGAGGCAAAUGUUCGAUGGUAAUCAUCCUCCCAGACGACGUGGAAGGACUGUCUCUCUUGGAGGAGAAAUUGUCGGAGUCCAGCCUAGUGUCGCUGCUCGCAAAUCUCACCAUGGACAAUGACGUGCAGUUGACAGUUCCCAAGUUCAAGCUCGAGGCAGGUCAGUCCAUGAAGGACCCGCUCAGGGCUAUGGGCGUUAAAUACCUGUUCGAGGAAGACGAAGGAGACCUGUCGGGAAUCUUCGAGGAAGUAAUGACGCACUUGUCUGACCUGGUACACAAGGUGUUGCUCGAAGUAGACGAGGGAGGCACUGCUACGGCGGCAGCUGCGGUCGGGACUACCAUCGCUUCGCGAGUUCGAGUGACACCUUUCGUCGUUAACCAUCCCUUCAUGUUUCUGAUCAGGAGCAUAGAGCCAGACGUGCUUUUGUUCAUGGGAUCGGUGCGCCAGUUGUGAGGCCUGGGGACGAUGCGAGUGUACGAGGACCUAUACUGUGUAACCUUUUACAAGCCGUUGCGCGUAGGAUAUCAAGUGGACUUCAGUGACGAAUGUCAAUAUGUUGGCACGUAAUUCAAGAAAGACUACAAAACUUUGACGAAGAAAAAUAAAUGUGAUAAAGCGCUAAAAAGGCGGAAGGCAAUGUGGCAGCAGCGCGAGAAUCAGAAACGCGAAACCAGCAGCUUUUUCACAAAUCGUAAGCAUUGGGCAGGAUGCUACCAAACUGUGGUGCUAACACGUCGUUCUUAAUGACAAAGCGAAAGUUUAGUAUACUAAGUUUUCGCUCAGACGAAUGAUUCUGUCACUUUUGAAAGAUCAACCAUUUUGCGCUGAAACGCAUUCUCAGGGCACCAGCUGUACGUUUUACCCAUCGGUACGCUAAUAUUGAUAUGCCAUGAGCGGAUUUGUUUUCGCCGAACACCUUCAUAUUGAACGCACGUACCUCAGCCUAAAACCAUCAAGAAACAUGGUUUAAAGAUGCGUAGGAUAUAAAACUCAAUCGCGCCAGCGGGCCAAUUUCAAUUGCAGAAAUUAUUAGUAUCUUUUCUUUUCUUAAAGAAAUUGUUGCUUCCACUAGGAAAAUUCAUAUCCGAGAGGCGUUCCAAAAGAAGAUUUCCCCUGACCCAUUUCAGUUAGGCAUGCAUACAAUAAAUUUCACAAAGUGUUAUAUGUGCAUAUCUAUAGGUCAGAAAAAACAUCCAGCUCUUAUAGGUAAUGGCCUUGUACAGAUCUGAAGCUGAACAUUGUGGGAGCAUGGAUCAAGUGAAGCACCGGGUAGUUAUUAGUUUUCUUUUCUUUCUCAAAGGCAAUACAAGUUAACAAAUUUUCUAAUAGCGACGACAGUGUAUGAAACAAAUGCCCUGUCGUAUGACGUCGCUAAGUACUGGAAUCGGCAAUUCCAAUGUGAAAGGAACUCGGUUCAAACGGCACCGAUUCCUAGUCGACCUUACUCAUUCAUUUAUAGGGACGCUGCCACAAAAAUGGAAGCUGCUAUAAUGUAAUAUCGCCGCAUCGCAUUUACAGCACUAGCUGAAGGGGUCGGGAUCAGUGUAGGGUCUUUUAUAUAAAAUAUUAUUCAGAAACAUCUGCCCGUUCGAUAGGUGUCAGCGCAUCGGGUUCCAAGAUUGCCUUCUGUUUUCACGAGGAAAGCCGAGCAACCUGCAGCUGUGAACUUUAGAACUUCAUGUGUGACCACAUCGACGGGUGCAGAACUCACGGCGCUCCGUGCUGCACUUGAUUUCAUUAAGCAGAAGCCACCGCAACAAUGGACAGUCUUUAGUGACUCCAAGGCAGCCCUUCAGUGCAUACGAAGCCCAAUGCGCCAUGGACCCAAUGAACAACUGGCCUUUAGAAAUUCGGCACAUAUAUCAUCAAAGCUAUGACAAGGGACAUAACAUAAUCUUUCAGUGGCUUCCAGGACAUUGUAACAUCAGCGGGAAUGACCACGCCGACGAAGCCGCCCGAUCUGCACAUGAAAGUGGUCAACGAGUCUUCAUUCCGCUUUCGCGAACAGACGCUGCGGCUGAGCUGCGAUUGAUGUCCCAUGAGUGUACUUUGCCCCUGUGGGACUAAAAUGUAUUCACCAUGUGUCGGUUGCGUUCGUUGUCUCCGGACAUACGGAUGCACCUCCCACCUGGAUUACCACAACGUGAACAAACCAUGCUCUACCGUCUGUGGCUAGGCGUUGCCUUUACAAACUCAUAUGCUUUCCUCAUAGGAAUGGCCAACAGCCCCACGUGCGACACAUGUAACAUCGACGAGACGCUCGCACACAUUAUCUCUGUCUGCCCGCGAUACAGUGCUGAGAGACAAGUGAUGUGCAGAGUACUGGACCAGUUGGACAAUCGCCCACUUUCAGAACUAAAAGCUUUAGGCCAAUGCUCCCAAAGAACAUCCGCAUUGAAGACCUUACUCGCGCUAUUAAGGUUCUUGCGGUCUACGGGGCUUCACGACAGACUCUAAGAAUGCCGCCCCCUACCGCUCUGUAGUGUACGCGCUUUGUUCGUGCUUGUCUCCCUUUCUUUCUAUCUCCCCCUUUCACUCUGUUUCUCUUUUUAUCCCCCUUAACCCUUCCCCCUGCGCAGGGUAGCCAACCGGAACUACCUCUGGUUAACCUCCCUGCCUUUCUCUGCAUUAUUCUCUCUCUCUCUCUCUAGACCAAGGGGUAUUCUGUAAGAGUCCACCUAGUGGACUGCCCAUUUUAACCACCGCUGAUUGGUUGGGUCUGCUCGUCUCUUCCUCGCUCGCACAGCUUUCAUCCUAUCAGCACAUCAGCAGCAGCCGAAAUGGACAUUCCUUUAGGUGGACUCUUACAGAAUCCUGGUGCCUUAAAAACAAAGGUCUCAUUUAGGCCACAUUGGUUGCACGGGAUGGAAUAUGGGUUCAACAUUGUCACCUAGAAAGUAAAUGUGAAUCUAAAGAAUGAAAGCACCGCGACUCCUCAAACUACGCGCGUGCAAACUUCAGCUUGCAAGGUGGUGUUGCCAGGUUGUUUUGCGAUCAGCAAUGAAUGGUGAUGACAGAUUCCUGCUGAAAGGGGCCACCGCAAUCAGAGCCUACAUCUUCCUGACAAAAUUAGGAGAAGCCAGCAAUUUAAGCAGACGUGGCAUUCUGUCAAUAGGCAUUCUGCUCUUGCAAACCAGUGCUCCUGCUCGCAACUCGCAUGUUACACAAAUGGAAGCAAGCUCCUGUGAGUGUGAAAUUCUUUGUCAUAUCCCCCAUUCACCCCCCCCCCCCACUUUGUGUCCUCAAAUUUCUCCCUUUGUACGUCAAGCAAGAUAUUUUUUUGAAUAAUAGUCAACCUUCCUGAUGGUGACAUGCUCAUCGUCGAAGUGAAGCCAUGACUCAAAAGCCAACCUCAGGACUUCUACAAGAGCAGUAUUUACAGCAGCAUAAAGCAAUGACAGAUGCGUGCGCAGAGAAACAAAUAGAGGUGUGCCAACUUUAGUGCUCCUCAGUCCAGAGGAAGUGGGUGAGGGGUAACCAUUAUUGAACGUCCCUCGUACGCACGCUGUGGACUGCGGGAAACUUCAGUAACAAAGGCAUAAUGGUUAAGCUGUUCCGGUGGCUUGUAAAGACAAACUUGUAGACACACCGACCCAAUGCUUUAGUAGCAGAUACAACAAUCAGCUAGAAUGCUCUCGUUCGCAACUUUAGAGAAACAAAGUGAAAGUGAAGAAAUAAAAUGUGAUUAAACUCCAACUUAAAAGUUAUGCCUCGUUAUUGAAUUCAGCCACAACUUUCUUCCAGAUAUAAUGAAACGCGUACUCGAAAUCAUAGUUAUUUUGUUAUUAUGCACUACAAAUUGCUUCUGGACACAACCACGUGUGG